UCUUGGAGUAUGGAAUUUUUAUGGAAAAGAAGGUGGUAUCUUCAGCUCAGCUGUGUAUUGAUAUUGAAAUUGGUUUGUGCCAAUCUGGACUUUCAGAAGGAAACUCCAUCAAGCCUGGGUCAGAUUGACCAUCAGUGCUGGGAGGUGUCAUCCCAUGGGCUGGUGGAAAUGAAGAAACUCAAGGUAGCAGACACAGUCAUUGCUCUCUGGGACUUCAUGAUGUUCCUGAAGGAAUCCCCCAAGCCCAAGCACAAUGAACUUUUCAAUGAUUUAGCCCAGAACUUCUGGGAUAUGUACGUAGACUGUGUGCUCUCAAGAUCUCAUGGAAUGGGCAGAAGACAGCUAAUAUCUCCCAAAUAUUCUUCUACAUACUCACAUAGAACUUUAGAAGGUAACCACAGGAUAGGAUGUUAGUCUUUUAUGUACUAAUAUUAAACCGAAUCAUUGUUCUGUCUCUGAUUAUUUAGGCAGUUCAACAACGUCUUCUCCAUUUUUGUCUCCGCUUUUCAAAUGUAUUUGAGUCUUUCAACAGUAGCUACUAUCACAAUAAAAAGUUAAAAGUUAAAAUGAAUUAAAAGUAGUUAGGGUGCUAAAUUUCUGUGUUUAACAAAGUGCAA